AUGUGUCGCAAAUUGUACACCUCACUUAUCGAGCAAGGAAAGCCGUCCGUUAAGAAGCUGUGCAUGUUUGUUUGCUGCUGCGUGACUUCCCAAGCCAAACUCCCACAGAAAACCUCACGAGUGUUCGUGACUCUGAAACGAUUUCAAAAUAAAGGCAUUGUCUCCCCUCUCAAUCUCCUCUCUUCCUUUCUUUCUUUCUUUCUUUCUUUAUCUCCUCUCUCAAUCUCCUCUCUUUCUUUCAAUCUCCUAUCACCCUCCUCUCUCAAUCUCCUCUCUCUCUCUCUCAAUCUCCUCUCUCUCUCUUUCAAUCUCCUCUCUCCUUCCUCUCUCAAUAUCCUCUCUCUCUCUCUCUCUUUCAAUCACCUCUCUCUCAAACUCCACUCUCUCUUCCCUCUCAGUCUCCUCUCUCUUUUCUCUCUCUCAAUCUUGUCUCUCCCUCCCCUCUCAACCUCCUCUCUCUCCCAAUCUCCUCUUUCCUUCCUCUCUCAAUCUCCUCUCUCCUUCCUCUCUCAAUCUCCUCUCUUUCAAAUUCCACUCUCUCUUCCCUCUCAGCCUCCUCUCUCUCUCUUUUCCUUCUCUCUCUUCUCCCCCUCCUCUCUCAAUCUCCUCUCUCCUUCCUCUCUCAAUCUCCUCUCUCUCAAACUCCACUCUCUCUUCUCUCACAGUUUCCUCUCUCUCUUUUCCUUCUCUCUCUUCUCCCCUCCUCUAUCAAUCUCCUCUCCUUCCUCUCUCAAUCUCCUCUCUCCUUCCUCUCUCAAUCUCCUCUCUCCUUCCUCUCUCAAUCUCCUCUCUCUCAAGUUCCACUAUCUCUUCCCUCUCAGUCUCCUCUCUCUCUCUUUUCUCUCUCCCAAUCUCCUCUCUCCUUCCUCUCUCAAUCUCCUCUCUCCUUCCUCUCUCAAUCUCCUCUCUCUCAAACUCCUCUCACAGUUUCCUCUCUCUCUUUUCCUUCUCUCUCUUCUCCCCCUCCUCUAUCAAUCUCCUCUCCUUCCUCUCUCAAUCUCCUCUCUCCUUCCUCUCUCAAUCUCCUCUCUCUCAAAUUCCCCUAUCUCUUCCCUCUCAGUUUCCUCUCUCUCUCUUUUCUCUCUCCCAAUCUCCUCUCUCCUUCCUCUCUCAAUCUCCUCUCUUUCUCUUUUCUCUCUCAAUCUCCUCUCUCUUUCUUUCUCUUCUCUCCUUCUUUCCACUUUUCGAAACACUCUCACUGAUCGCUCUCUUUGCAUGUAUUCUGUCACUAUAUAUUCAAUUCCUUCCCACCUCACUCUUAUUACCACUUUUAAUGUUUUUUUUCUCUUAAUGUAUUCAUUUUUUAUCUCUCUCUCUCUCUCUCUCUCUCUCUCUCUCUCUCUCUCUCUCUCUUUUUUCCCCGACCUUUUUCUUCUCCGGCGCUUUUGCCCUGGUGCUUCCUGCCAAUAUUUUAUUUUGAACAAAGACAACACAUAUCUAUCUAUCUAUCUAUCUAUCUAUCUAUCUAUCUAUCUAUCUAUCUAUCUAUCAAAGAUUUCUCAAAAUGUACCUAUCUAUCCAUCUAUUCUCAUUAUCUAUCUAUCUAUCUAUCUAUCUAUCUAUCUAUCUAUCUCAGUUUAUUCAUAUCUAUUCUGGUCUUUUCCUAUCUAUCUAUCUAUCUAUCUAUCUAUCUAUCUAUUAUAA